AUGUCCUGCUCCAGCCUGUGCGUUCCCAGCUGCGGGGUGGCCACCCCGGCCCCUCUGGCUGACACCAGCAACGAGCCCUGCGUGCGGCAGUGCCCCGACUCCACGGUGGUCAUCCAGCCCCCGGCCUCAGUGAUCACCUUCCCCGGGCCCAUCCUCAGCUCCUUCCCGCAGCAGAGCGUCGUGGGCUCGGCUGGAGCUCCCUACGUGGGAGCCGGCUCCGGGGGCGCCUUUGGGAGCCGUGGGGGCUCUGGGGGCUAUGGGGGCUUUGGGGGUUAUGGAGGUUUUGGGGGUUAUGGCAGCUGUGGCCGUGGUUCCCGCUCCUUCGGGGGCUCCUGCGGGCCCUGCUAA